AUGCCGCCGACAGACGAAGACAUCGCCUGGUUUCGCUCCACAUUCCAUCCGAUCCCCAAACCCGAGCUGCCCGACGACUGCAUCGAAUACUCCCUCUACAUUAUAUCGCCUUCUCUGGAUGCGAACAAUGAUUCCGAAUUGCGACUGCGCCUCCGCGAGGUACAGAAGUAUGCGACUGAUCUCCAUCGGCAACAUCUCAAAGACUAUAUAUGGCAACGCCAGGGGUUCUCUCUAGAACUAAACAAAGAGGAUGGAUUGAGUUUCCUCCGCGGUCGAACGGAGUACGGCGAUUCAGUGGAAGACGAAUGGGUCAUUGUCUUUCUCCUUCGAGAACUGACACGCAAAUUCCCCGACCUCUGGGCCAAAGUGACAGACACAGAUGGCGAGUUCCUGCUCAUCGAGGCCUCGGGCACAUUGCCUGCCUGGCUAGAACCCGAUGUCGCCGAAAAUCGUGUGUGGAUACAUAAUGGACAAUUGCAGAUUAUAAAACCUGCGAGUGGUGCGAGGACCUCAAAGCGAACAGAAGAAAAGUUGUCUCUGGCGCAGGCUGGAGACAUACUGCUGAACGAGCCCAAGAGACUGAUGCAUUCGACGACUAUGGAGGAAGAGGCGUUCUUUCGACUCAGGAAUUAUCCUGCACAGAUCAAACAAAACAUGCAUCACGCAAUGGUCACGCUGCCGCGGAAAGUCGCAUAUCUCCUGCACCAGAAGCCAGCGUACAUUGCACCAGCAGUCGAAGCGUUCUAUCUCCGAGACCCUAUCGCCUUGAAACCGCUCCAGAAAAAGGACAACAGAGACAAGAUGAUCUUCCCACCGGGCGAUUUUGUCAACGUCAGCGUCAAGUUCCCCCGGGUAGCUUAUGCCCAGGUCAAAUCACAAGACUUCCCACCACCGGCUGUCUUUUCGGACGCUAUGCCCUCUAGGACGGACUCGAAGGCUUUCGUCCGAGCGGAGACUGGUAUGAAAGUGACUUGUGGCUUUGAGAUGCUUUUGACGGAUCCACAACAUCAAGAUCGCCCAGAAGUCAGGGAAAUGAAGAUGUUGUUGGAAGACCUAGAGUCGGGCGACGAAACACUGCCCUCGGAUACCGAGGUCCAGGGUUGGGAACAACACGAAGAUGACGAGAAAUGGCUUGAUAUCAGCUUCGACGACUUCGAGAAAGAGCUUGCUGGCCGGAAGGAACAGCCUGAGAAGGGAAAGAAGCCCGGGUUUGGAGACAAGGCUGCCCAAGAGAAUCUACAGCGGAUUGUGCAACAAUUUGAACAGUUUCUGAAUGAUGAUCAGGCCGGACCAGACGGGGCAGGUCUCUUCGGCCAAGACAGUGACGAUGAUGAUGACGAUGCCGAGGAUGACGAUGAAGAUGAUGAAGACGAGAUGGGUGAAGACAAAGAUGCGAGCUUCGGGGAGGAUGAGUUCACCAAAAUGAUGCAGGAGAUGAUGGGGAUGCCGCCCGACGUCAUGAAGGAGAUCAUGGCCGGCAAACUGGGACCCGGGGCACAAGACGGUGGCAACCGCUCAAACCUACGCCCGCCACCUGAUGGGGACGGACACGUCGAAGAAAUGGAAGGGUCAGAAUCCGAACCGGAUGACCAAGACAUGCAGACAUUCAUGAAGCAAAUGGAAGCAGAACUUCGAUCAACAGGUGCCCUGAACCUGUAUCCCCCAAAGGACGCUGCCGGCAAGCACCCAGCCAUCAAACGGUCAAAGCAAGACGAUGCCGACGAGGCCGAGGUCGAGGAGCUGUCCUCCGACGACGACAUCGACCAUGAGAUCGAUGUCAACCUCGCGAAGAAUCUACUGGAGAGUCUGAGGUCGCAAGCGGGGAUGCCCGGUCCGGGAGGAAACCUGAUGGGCAUGAUGGGUCUCGGGCUGCCGAGGGAUGAGCCAGACGACGAUGACAGUGAUACAGGCCAGCCUGGUCCGAGUGGGUUCAGCCGAAGUGGUGGAAGCAGAGCUGAAAAGUCCAAAGGACAAUGA